CUUGUACCAUGUGACCUCUGUGAUCAUUCACAGAUUUCACACGUAGUAAGCAAUGAUGUCAGAAGUGACACCUUGCUUACUACUCUUCAUGUAAUCACUGAUUGGCCAAUCGGUGAUCACAUGAUCAGGACCUCACACAGAGGUCCCAUACAACGAUCGGUGUUCCACUAUGUCCGGAGGACACAGCGGACACUGGAUCGCGGAUGUCAUAUGACGCCCUCUCAGAACUGGACAACUGCACUGUAGCUGUCAUUUGGGCUAUAGCACGGUUGGCAAGUGGUUAAUUGAACAGGUUGAAGUU